AUGUCCGAGAAACACGAUGCAGUAGACCUCUCCCACCACAUAUCAGACUUUGCAAAGACGCUCGACAGUCGGCUUGCGUUCGGUAAACCUGGUCCUCCUGGGACCAUCUCUUUAGACGGUGGUGUGCCAGACACGGAAUACUUUCCUAUCGAAUCCAUUACCGUCGAAUAUUUGAAGCCAGACUCAUUUCCCCUCAAACCCACCGAUGCUCUUCCUCAUGGUCCUGGUGUCCUUGGCUGGAUUGCGAAUGUGUUAACUGGGAAGAGCAACAAGACUACUGAUUCCUACACUAUCUCACGCCGUCUUGGUCCCGACGACCAGAGCAAGUUCGAGCUCAAGACUGCGCUCACUUAUAGUCCCAUAACUGGACUGCCAGCACUGGAAACAAUUGUCGCUGACUGGGUCAAACGAGUACAUCAGCCGGCUUAUAGCAAUUACGCGACUCUUGUGGACGUUGGUGCCUCUUGUGCCUGGAGUUCGUGUCUCAGCAUUCUUCUCAACCCCGGAGACUCGUUUAUCACAGACCGGUAUGCUUACAAUGCUGCACUAUACCAAGCCCGGGCUCGCGAUGUUCACCCUGUCGCAGUUGCGACGGAUCUGGAUGGACUUUCUGCUGUUGAUCUUGAGCAUGUGCUGGCGAAUUGGGAUGAGAAAGCGCGCGGCUUGAGACGUCCCCGCGUUAUCUACACUCAAGGAGGUAUCCAGAAUCCAACUGGACUUAUGAUUUCCACCCAGCGCAAGAAAGACAUCUACGACAUAGUCGUGCGCUAUGAUUUGAUUAUCGUGGAAGACGACCCCUACUACUUUCAGCAAGCCAGUCAUCCAUAUCAACAUAACAAUACCGUUCCGCAGCCUCAGAAGCAAUCGGACGAAGAAUGGAUCGAUAGUCUAGUGCCAAGCUUCUUGCGGUUUGACUACGAGGGCCGGGUCAUACGUUUGGACACGUUUUCAAAGACUAUCGGUCCCGGAGGCCGGCUCGGAUAUUAUACCGGGUCGCCACAACUCCUUGAAAAGUUACAGGCGCUACACCAGUCGUAUAUCACCUUCCCGUCGGGUGUUGCUCAAGCGGUCUUUGGUGAACUACUCCAUCGCUACCAAAGCGAAGGCUUUGCUAGGUGGUUGCGUGGCUUGACUUCGCAAUACGAGCUUCGACGUAAUUGGGCAAUUGAUGCACUGUAUGAUGCCCUGGACCUGCAUGCCAAAUCUCAGACUCGGGCGCUUGUUGCCUACGCUCCUAGCGACGGACAAAUAAGCGAAAAAUCGAAACCAAAGACUUCGCUGAUGAGCUUUGUCCCUCCUGAUGGUGGGAUGUUCAUGUGGUUCAACAUCCACCUUCACAACCACCCCCGAUACCAUGCUCUAGCGCGUCAGACAUCCCCUGCAGCAGCCAAGAACGCCCUCGCAACUGAACUGUGGACCGCUAUUGCUGACGCUGGAGUGAUACUACGACGUGGAGAACUGUUUGCUUCCGAAGACGAUGAAGAACGGGUGCGUUUAGGCGAAGAAGAUAUAUUUUUGCGGGCAAGCUUCAGUUAUGGGCCACGCGAAGACCUGGAGAAAGCUUUCAAGAUUUUUGCCUCUGUGCUAGUCAAGUUUUUCGAGUAG